UCAGAUUGUAACUGAAAUGUAAAAAUGGCAGAAAAUCCAAAAACUUCAACAUUUGAAGAGGAGGCAGACAAUGAUGACAGCAGCCUCUCAUCAUCAGAUGAUUUGAAAUGUGUAAAGUUAUCUUUACCUAAAAAUAUAGCUGCAUAUGUCGAUAAAAGAGAGUUGCAAAGAGAUGUUAAUCUUAUAACAUGCGACAACGACUUGGUAGAGAAAGUUAUGAACAAUUAUGUUAUAGUUAAACGAAUAUUAAGAGUUUUGUCGUGGCAGGAAAAAAUGAUAUGCAAGCAUGUAUGUUCGUUGUGGCAUUCUGCUGUAUUAGCACUACUGAAAGAGCAACAGGGGCCUGCUGAUUGCGUCAUAGCACUACAACAUGCCUCAUCAAAAAGUAUCAUGAAGUUCAAGCAAUCUGGAAUUUUAUACAAUGAGCCGUUAGCAGUUUUAACCUUUGCAAAUGAAAUGGGCUUUAAUAUGUCACACAAAUGUAGGUCAAUUUCACCAUAUCCAUGCAGCCCACCAUGCUCUUAUGAACACACUAUGGUGGAUGUAUUGCAAAACAAUGUGAGUGCACCCAAAAACUGUAUGUUGGCUGUGAGAAGUAACUGUAUCUCAUUCAUGUCACUUCCGUCAUCACCAACGUAUGAGUUUAAGAUUACACAGAAAAUGUUCUUGCGUCCAAAUCCAUUCAUUAGUUGUCUUUAUAUACCUAUGAUGCCAGAUGUUGAAUUUAAAGUCAUUAGUAUCAGAAAUGUGGAAGAAAUGCAAAAGAAAUUCUAUGAUGUUAUUGAUGAACUGGAAAAAAAAUACAUAUUUAAAACUGUUUUGGCUUACGUCACUGAGGCUUUCCUGUUCCAUUCAGUGGAAGAAGUUGUCUUCUUGAAUUAUUUGAAAAAAGUACAACCUGAUAUCCCGUAUGCACUUGGUGGUUGUAUUGUCGAAGAUGUAAUAUAUGAUACAAAAAGCAUAGCUGACAUUGUGAAGAGUAAUAAUGAGAAUGUUGAAUUUGUAAGUGGAAGCUUAGUAAAUGUUGGAUUAUUCCUUGUUCCCAAAGAUUCGAACAGAAGUAAUUUUGAUUCAUUUUCACUUAUUUUGAACUCCUCUGAAUGGGCUAAAGCAAGGAUACAAAAAUCUAUAAAUGAGUUUGCAAAUAUGGUACCACAAUUUGAGCAUAGCAUUGCACUAAAAUUGUCCUGUGUUGGUCGUGAUCAAAAGCAUGAAAUUGAACUCAAAUAUUUCCGAGCCGCAUUUCCUCAUACACGGAUAAUUGGUUGUUAUGGCAAUGGAGAAUUGGGCCUAAAUCAUCCUGAGAGAUCAAAUACUGAUACUGGUGCCAAGCGAUACCGAUAUGAUCCAGGAGAACAAUUUGGAAUCAUGUACUCUUACUCUACAGUUUUUGUGUACAUUGGAUGGGGAAAACUAUUAUCAACAUCUGACACUUAAAAGAAAAAUUUGAAAACACAUAAUAUUCACAUAUUUUGCUUAAUUUUCAGGAUACAGAUUAAAUUUUUGUGGCAUAGAUAAUAAAAACCAUGCCUAAAUAAAAUCAUUUAAAUUAGUCUGUAUACUAAGGGCUACUUCUGAUUGUGUUUUGCAUAGUGUUUAAAAUUUAGCAUUUAAAAAUGUUUAAGUGUUGAAAACAAUAAGAAUAAUCAGGAAUUUAAAAAAAUGUUUCUGUUUUUGCUUCCAAAUAAUGAUGGAUUCAAUUAGUGGUAAUAUUCUAUCAAUGGAAAAUUAUGGCUGAACAAAUUAACAGACAAAAAAAUAAUUAUGAAAUACAUACUUACGUCGCUUAGUUUAUGGGUAUACCCACAAAUGAUAAUAAUUAUGAUGUUAUGACUAUGUCAGAACCGUAAAAUUUCAAUAAUUUGUUGAAAGAAAAUUCAAUAUUAGUUGGUUCUGUCAUAAUUUUUAAUAAUAGGUAAUUUGGUGACUAUACAUAUUAUAUUUUAUCAGUGUUUAAGUGGAAUUACACACAUACAUGUUAUACUAUUUUAUAUAAUAGUAAGUUUAUAAGAAAUCUCAAUUUGAUUAAAUGAAUAAUAAUAUUAUUAUAGGAUAAUUUUAAGAUUUAUUGGAAACGAAAAUGUUUUACCAUAAUUUAAUAAACAUCUAAGUGUAGAAUGAAUUAUUUUAAAUAACUGUAAAAACAUAUAUGUACAUGUGUAAAUGCCACCAAUCUCCCUAUUUUUGUCUUGAAGCAGUAAUGCGUUUUGUUUUAUAAGCUAAGACAGCCAUUGUACUCUGUGACAGCUUAACACCAGAAGGGCUGUGAGUUCGUCCACCCAGCUAAUAGGUUAUCCAGAUAACGUGGCCCACGUGGUCUCAUUAUAUUACUACAUGUAUGUAAAAACGUACUUGUAGUUCACUUUUUAAGUGGAGUUACCGCGUACAUCACAUCACAACGUGGAUACAAUCACUCUCCUUGAGACCAUAAAUCGAUUUCUCAAUUGAAUUUUAGAAUCGCUACCCACAGCCCCAUCCUUAAAACUGAACGCUUUUUUUUAUUGCCCUUUUAGGCAGACGAGCAUACG